CGACACGCGAGACUGUCGAUUGUUGAAUUACAAUUUAAUCGUCGGAGAAAUUCAUUUCCUACGGAUAAUCAUCGUCGCGUAAGCGAACACUCGAUGGUAUUUCGUUCGCUACACAUUGCGGUCUCUUGCGACCAACGUGCGCUGGUCAUGCCGUCUCGGCAUUCAACGAUUCGGAGCUAUUUGUGAUAACAACGUCAUUGCAAGAAAUGACAUUCAUAUCGCGAUGCUCGUGAAUCACAGAUGCACAUUGAGACAAAUUAUCUCGCGAUUCUGUGCUCUAACCUCCAAGUGCUGUGUGACGUGUUAUCCUCUUUGAGAGGGUCCAAUGGUAUAAAUUUAGCAUAUGGUCCACCAUCCUAUGACUCAGUUAAAACAUUUCCCAAAGAUGAUAGCAAGCAAUGCAAGACUAUGCUCUUCAGUCCUGAUGGUCAAUACUUUGCUUGGUGUAAUGGGUCCAAGGUUAAAAUUGUACUAUGCAAGACAUGGCAGAUUGUUGCUGAAAUUGAACGACCUAAAAUCUGUGCUCUCAAAUUCUCCAGUCACAGCACUUAUCUUGCAACUUGGGAACCAUCCUUUGUGACAAAAGAGGCACCUCAGGGAAUAGAAAAUUUUCGUAUAUGGAAGGCUGAAACAGGUGAACUAGUUCAGCAUCUUGUACAGAAGAGAAUGACGGAUUGGGAGCCACAGUGGUCAAGUGAUGAGACAUUUUAUGGAAUAUUAAAAGGAGGAAAUGUUCUUUUGUAUGAAAAUAACAAUUUUGAUAGAUAUGUGCACAAGAUAGGUAAAGGCAACAUUGCUAAAUUUAGUAUAGCCCCUGGUAAUGCUCCUUACCAUAUUCUCUGCUACAUGCCAGGAAGUUCUGGUCAGCCUUCUUUUGGAAGAUUAUUCAGAUACCCAAAGUUUGAGAUUGGAGAAGCGAUAGCAAGCAAAAGCUUUUUCCAAGCAGACAGAGUUGAUAUGUAUUGGAAUAAAUCUGGAACUAAUGUAUUAUUGAUGACAAAUAUAGAAGUUGACAAGACCGGCGCAUCGUAUUAUGGAAAACAGACAUUGCAUCAUUUUAAUACAAAAGGGGAGACUGCUAUGGUUAUGCUAAGUAAAGAAGGUCCUAUACAUGCAGUAGAAUGGUCUCCCAAGAAUACAGAAUUCUGUGUGAUAUAUGGUUUUAUGCCAUCUAAAACAACAUUAUUUAAUUGCAAAUGUGAAGCGGUCUUCGAAUUUGGCAUGUUAUAUAGGAAUAGUAUAUAUUAUAAUCCACAUGGCAAUAUAUUGCUUUUGGCUGGAUUUGGUAAUCUUAGAAGUGGCAUCGAACUAUGGGAUGUCAUUAAUAGAAAACUUAUUGCUAAAACUGAUGCACCAGAUACUACGCUAUUACGAUGGUCGCCAGAUGGUGAACAUUUCAUGACAGCAACUACAGCACCUAGAUUACGAAUCACUAAUGGAUUUAAGAUCUGGCAUUAUACUGGUUCGUUAAUAUAUCAACGACCAUGGAAUAAUCAAGAAGAACUUUGGGAAGUAGCAUGGCAAAAUUUUCCUUUAAAUGUUUUCUCAGAAAAACCUAUCAGUUAUAAAGCAGUUGACGGUAUUGUAACUAAUCUUAAUCAGUCACAAGCACCGAAAGAAGCAUAUAGACCACCAUGUGCUAGAGGACAAAAUAUUACGUUUAGAUUGCAUGAUGACAUUGAAACACCUUCUAAGUCUGAAUCAAAUCCAUCAAAAGCUGCAUUAAAAAUGAAAAAAAAUCGGGAAGCAAAAAAAGCUAAAAAAGAAUUAGAGUCUAACAAUUCUACUGUCACUGAACAAGUUACAAGCACAACAGCAAGCGUAAAAAUAGAAUUAACGGACGAUCCUGAAAAAAAUAAGAAAAUAAAGAAAAUAACAAGCAAAUUAGAUCAAAUAUCUAAAUUGAAAGAGCAAUUAAAAGCAGGAAAACAAUUAGAAAUCAAUCAAUUAGAUAAGAUUAAAAAGGAAGAUGAAUUACUAAAAGAACUUGAAGAACUUACUUUAUGAUAAAUCAUAAAUAUUAAACACAGAAUUAAUUCGAUAAAAAUAAAAAGCUAUUGCGAAAUAGCUUUUUUGAAAUAAAAAUGCAAACUAAUGGAAAAAAAUCAAAUUGUGCAUUUUGAUAUUAACUGAAGAAGAACAGCGAUUAUGGAAAAUUUUAAACAAAAUUUUUCUCACCAAUUGUGAAUUGAUACUGAAUCCAAGAAUUGUGUUCGUAUAUAUAAAUAAUAAUAGACGAGUAUAUUAGAUUUAAUUAACAAAGAACUUUGUUAUACUCAGUAAAUGACUCUGUUUAAUGACUACAUUUAUUAUUAUGUAUUUCCUAAUUUUGCUAUUAAUAUAAAUUGAUAAUGAUGAAGAUAGUUAUAAUGUAUAUUACCAAAAAUUUCUCUUAGAGCAUUAUGUGCAUUAUAAUAAUCAUUAUCGAGAUAAGA